AUGCCGUCUCCCAAUACCUCGCAAACAGGACAUUUUCCCUCCGAUUCGCAAUUUGACGACGGCUCCGGCUUGUCUAACAUAAGCCGGGACUACCAUACCAUGGUCGCCUCGGAUUCGUCGACGGGCCAAGGUGGAAGCGGAGCUGAUGCUAUCGCGGAGGGUAAACAAAAUGCGAAAGCCGUCCUUGCAGCUUCGGGCGUUUCGCUUGCAUCCAACGAAUCAGGCCACGAUACGUCCAAUGGCAAUCCGUCACCCAAUUCCCAGCCAAACACCGCCAAUGGAUCAGCAUCUAGCCGGAAACGAUCGCGAGACGGCUCCGUCAUACAAGCCUCGCCCUCUAUGGAAAGCUUGCCAGUGCGCGUGCGCGAGACUCCAGCGGAUAAAAUCCUUCUCGAAGACUACGUCAACCGCGAAUUUCGUCAUUCCGCCUUGACAGCUUGGCAGAACCCCAGUCACGAACUUCUACAGCAGAAACGCGCUGAGCGGGAUUACUUUCUGGCGGUCCGGCGCGAGAAUCACCUUAAUCCCGCAGCAUUAUACGGCGUAGGGUAUGAAGGGUUCGGAAAUGCUCGCACAGAUCUGCGGAAUCAGCAUCCCCAGCUGCUCUACCCAGCAAACCGUCGUCGUCCCGGGAACAGACGGACACGAGAGCUCCGGGUUUCUCGCAAAGAUCUGAAAACGCAGAGCGAACAACUGGAAGACUUGGUGCCUAUUCGACUGGAUAUUGACUGGGAGAAGAUUAAAAUUCGAGACACUUUCACGUGGAAUCUCCAUGACCGUGUGGUCUCGCCAGAGCUGUUUGCUGAGAAGCUCGUAGAAGACUUGGGUCUUCCUAUGGAAACGUGCGCUCCGCUAGUGCGCAUGGUUUCGCAGAGUAUACAGGAACAACUUUGCGACUACUACCCUCAGAUCUUCAUGGAAGAAGAUCCUCUAGACCCUCAUCUUCCUUACAGUGCCUAUAAGAAUGAUGAGAUGCGCAUUCUUGUCAAACUCAAUAUUACAAUCGGACAGCAUACAUUAAUCGAUCAGUUUGAAUGGGACAUUAAUGACCCUUCAAACUCCCCGGAAGACUUUGCAGCACGAAUGACAGACGAUUUGUCCCUUUCCGGUGAAUUCACAACCGCCAUUGCACAUUCGAUUCGGGAACAAUCACAGCUCUUCAUCAAAUCACUCUAUAUCCUCUCCCAUCCAUUCGACGGACGCCCGAUUGACGAUCCCGACUUGAAGACCGCCUUCCUCCCCUCCCCUCUUCCUUCCUCCUUCAGACCUUUCCAGGCGGCAAAGGAGUUCACGCCAUAUUUGUACGAGCUGAAUGAAGCUGAGCUUGAACGGACAGAAGUGUCGAUCUCGCGAGACCAGCGCCGACAGAAACGGUCCGUCAAUCGUCGCGGUGGGCCGGCGCUGCCUGAUCUCAAGGACCGCCAACGUACUAUCCGCACUUUGAUUGUCUCGACAGUCAUACCAAAUUGUGCGGCUUCUAUGGAUGAGAGCAAUGUGUUCAAGCGGUCUGGCUCGAGUCGCACUCGACGUGCUGUUGUUGGCAUGCGCGACGGAGCGGACGAGUCAGAGGAAUCGGACAGUGACGAGUCCUCAAUUGCAGCAUCUCCGGCGAUUGGACCUCACUUGGCCCAGGGUACGGCGCGCACGCGAGGCAUGAGAGGAGCCGCUACCGCAGCACAUGCCGCGCUACGGGCGAGUCUGGGUCAAUCCGCCACACCCGAGCCUCACAACGAAGCGAGAGCCGCAUCACGCAGGCGUGAAUACCGGGAAGAGAGUGUGGAGGAGCCGGAGAAGUUGAUUGUGAAGCUGAAAAUCUCGAAGGAGAAGUUCAAACAAUACCUUACGCACGGAAUACAAUCGAUAGCAAGCCUCGCGAGUUCCACUCCCGUCGCUCCACCGACACCUCAGCAAAACACUCCUCAAGUUCAAACUCCGACCCUGAAUUCCAUGGCUCCUCUUCAGUCUCAACCUGACGUUCGCGUGCCCGUCGCUCCUCCCUCGGCGACACGGCCAAUGCCAGUUCCACAAAUUGGGGCCGUACAUGCUCCCCACCCCCCUCAGCCGGGAGUCUCCGGGCCUCCGCCUCCAAGUUGGCUUACCGCGGCACUAAUGCAGUUGAACCGCUCCAAUCCCAAUGACUCCUUCGAAGGCGUGAUGCGUUACUCGGCCGUUGACGUGGAAACGAUGCAGCCAGUACUUGAACCCCACAACCUCCCUAGCCACCGGCUGAAAUAUCAAUACCUUCCUCGCAUUCGCUGCCACGACUGUCCGGGCAAACUCUACACCCCUGGUCCUGGCAUGACGGUCGAAAACUUCGAAGUCCACCUUAGCAAUCGCCAACAUCAGAAGCGUGUGGAAGAGCGAGUUGCGGCGGCGGCGACGGCGGCGGCAGGUGGUACAGCUGGAACGGCUGUGGGGGGAGGAGGUGGUCUCGCGCCUCAGUGA